AUGGAUGAUAAUAAUAGCAAUAUAUUUGAAGUUCUUGAUUCGCCAUCUUCAAAAAAAUCAUUAAAAAUAACAUCAACAACUACUAACAUAGUCUCUAUGCGUCGUUCUCAUCUUCCAUUGAUGAAUGCAGGCAAUGGUUCAUAUUCUUCUUCAUCAUCUCCAUCUACUCCAAUAACAUCUACAUCAUCAUCAUCGGAACAAGUUCAACGAAAUAGACGAAGAGAUCGAGCACUUCAAGAUCUUGGAUUUGUUAAUCCAGGUCCGAAAAAUUUAGUUAAUGUUGCUAAUGUACCAGCAAGACGUUUAAAAACUCGACAAUCAUCUACACAAGAGAAAUCAAAUUCUAUUAAACCUUUAUAUGAUCAAUCAGGUCUUCUUGCUUCCGAUCAAACAGAUCGAUGUGAUUGUAAUCGUUUAACAUGUUCCGGAUGUUUUGUACCAUGCACAGCAUGUCAAUCACCAAAAUGUGGGCUAGAAUGUCGAAAUCUUCGAACAUAUACUUAUGAAUAUCGUUUAUAUGGAACAAAUCAAGAAAUACUUCAACAAUAA